AUGAAACAUUAUUCAUUGCUUAAAAAGAAAUACAAGUAUAGAAGAUUUAAAUCUGCGCUCAUUGGGGUACUUUGGACUACUAAAAAGGGAAACAAUUAUUUAUGUGGCCCAGAUGGCUUUAAAUAUAGUCCAUUGCAUAAUCUUACGACACCCCCAUUUUUAUCAAAACCUCUACGUACAUUGCACCAAGAUAGCAAUUUGUUAAAGUUAAUUUAUUAA